AUGUCUCAACUUGCUGUUGGUUUGACUAGUGGCGUUGUAAUUCAUGUUCGGGGAGACUUGUCAAAGGAUCGUACUGUUAAGCAAAAGGUCAUUUUUGAAGGCGAAGAGCCAAUCACAGGUCUGGGAUUCCGCGAACAAACAAAAUCCACCAUCUUGUUUAUUGUCACCACCGGCAGCAUCAUGUCAUAUAAUACUACUGCAAAUAAGCCCACAGUGACUACGUUGGACGAACAAGGCUGUGAUUUGGGAUGCGCUGUCAUGAGCGAUGUACAAGAGAUGGUAGUGGGUCGCGAUGAAGCCAUCUACUUUUACGAUUCGACAGGAAGAGGACCAUGUUUUGCAUACGAUACACCCAAAUCAUCAUUGACCUGGUUCAAGGCAAAUUACUUGGUUAUUGUGUCGCCACCAGUCACCACGACCACCCACUUAUCAAGCCCAGCACGAUCCGCCCUAUCUUUCAGUCCAAAACGAAGUGCCAUGAAUGAACUGACGAAAGUCACGAUUUUUGAUACGGCCAACAAGUUCAUUGCCUACGUUGGCACGUUUGUUGGUGGUAUCCGUGGUGUUUUCUGCGAAUGGAAUUCGGUCUGGAUUGUGGGCAUGGAUGGCAAGGUCCAUCAUCUCGAUGAAAAAGAUACCCCUACAAAGCUAGAGAUUCUCUUCAAGCUCAAUCUUUACGUUUUGGCAAUCAAUUUGGCACACAUGCAAAAGUAUGAUGAUGCAAGCAUCGCCGAAAUUUUUAAAAAAUAUGGUGAUCACUUGUAUUCAAAGGGUGAUUAUGACGGUGCAAUUGAGCAAUAUGUACGAACAAUCGGUCAGCUUGAACCAUCCUACGUUAUUCGGAAGUUCUUAGACGCACAACGAAUAUACAAUCUAACAAACUAUCUGCAAGAGCUGCAUUCACAAGGAUUAGCCAACGCUGACCAUACCACAUUGCUGCUAAAUUGCUAUACCAAACUCAAAGACGUAUCACGAUUGGAUCAAUUCAUUAAGAAUGACUCGGACUUAAACUUUGAUCUCGAAACGGCAAUCAGCGUAUGUAGACAAGCGGGUUACUACGAGCAUGCUGUCUAUCUAGCAGAAAAGUUCCUAGAACAUGAUUUAUAUCUCGAUAUUGUUAUUGAAGAUAUCCGAGAUUACGAUGCUGCCCUGACAUAUAUACGAAAACUGACGCCCCAUGAGGCCGACAAAAGUUUGCAAAAAUACAGCAAAACGCUCCUUACAUAUCUUCCAGAGCAAACGACACAGCUACUAAUCGAUCUCUGCACAGGAGCUCUGACCAUUACAAAUAUCAACGGUGGCAGUGCUGAAAGAGAAGAUGCACUUUCACCUACACCUUCAGCCAAAAACAACACCACACUUCAAACAUUAUCGAUCCUUCCGUUCGCUGGACCAUCCAAUGAUGCAGCAUCAAUCCAGUCGGGCAGUAGUGGACAUAAUGGCGGCACAGGAACGCCCAACGGCAUGGGCGAUAGCAGCAGAAAGCAGCGAAAAGGUCUCAGCUACACACCACCGUCUGCACGGAUAUUCAUGCCUGCAUUUGUCGAACGGCCUGAUUGUCUCGUCAUGUUGUUGGAGCGUGUUUACGAAAAGCGAUGGGGCUACUCUGCGGAAAAGCUAACUGCGGCGAAAGAGGAACGCAGAACAAUUUGGAACACGCUGCUCGAGCUGUAUCUUAUGGACGAGCAUCCUGAGUUCCGCGUCAAGGCAUUGGCGCUCUUAAAGGAUGAUUCAGUUGAAUAUGAUACAAAUCAGGCUUUGGUGCUAUGCCAGCUCAAGCAAUUUGAUGAAGGCAUUGUAUAUCUGUACGAAAAGACGGGCAUGUACACUGAUAUCUUGCGAUUCUGGAUGGAUAAAGAAGAGACAGACCGUGUCAUUGAGAGUGUACGAAAGUACGGACCAAAGGAUUCGUCAUUAUACCCCAUGGUGCUCACCUAUUUUUCAUCCAAUCCGGAAAUAUUAUCCAAAUCCACGCCUGAACUUUUAUCUGUUAUCAACCAUAUCGACUCUCAAGAUCUUUUGCCACCUAUUCAGGUAGUUCAAGCUUUGUCUCAAAGCAAUGUGGCUACUAUCGGUUUGAUCAAGCGAUACAUUGGCAAAAAGAUCGAGCACGAGCGAGAAGAGUUGAAGCAGAACGAAGAGCUAAUAACAAGUUAUCGCGAAGAGACUGAAAAAAGAAGAAAUGAAAUUGAGGAACUACAGACAAGUGCGCGUAUAUUCCAAGUUCAAAAAUGUAGUGGAUGUGAUGGCAUGCUUGAUUUACCCGCUAUCCAUUUCCUUUGCCGUCACUCGUAUCAUCAGCGGUAA